AUGUCGACAGACUCUCUAGCCAUGUUUCGCAAGUCCUUGGGACCAGAUCUUGCGAAACUUGCAGAGGAACACAUGCAGCAUGACCUCCGUCAAUCCGACCGCGACGCACUCCAGAAGGCCGCCGGUACAGUAUCAACCCACGCGACAGUGGGCAGCGUGCUAGGCCUGGGCCUGUCCCUCUUCCUCGCCUACCGCCUCCGAACAAACCGCACAGCCAUGUUCACCGCGUUCAAAGCCUCCGAGAAACCCACAGCUGUUCGAUUCGCAUCAGGUCGCGAAGAGGCACUACCCGACAUCACGCCGUUCUUGCGACCGAGCACUUUGGGUGACGUAGCUACAUAUACACUGUUGGGCGCGGGAGGAUUGUUCUUUGGAGGCGAGAGCGGGCUAUUGACGGGGACGUUCAGAGCGAGGAGUCAAAUCAACGUUGAUCGAGAUUCGAGGGAGAGGAUCCAGACGGCGUUCAGGAAGUUUCAGGCUGAUGCGCUGCGGACGCAAGCGAAUCUGUUGGAUGCAGGUGGUAACAAGGCAUCAGAGAGCAGCUGGGGCCUCUGA